CUGAGGUUGUUGAUUUCAUUAUGAAAGGAAAAGAGCCAAGAGAAAGAUCUACCUGCUUUUUCAGGUCCAUGGAGGGAAGCCCGUCCCUGCGGCGCAUGACGGUGAUGCGCGAGAAGGGCCGGCGCCAGGCUGUCCGGGGCCCGGCCUUCAUGUUCAACGACCGGGGCACCAGCCUCACGGCGGAGGAGGAGCGCUUCCUCGACGCCGCCGAGUAAGGCAACGUCCCCGUGGUGCGCAAGAUGCUGGAGGAGUCCAAGACGCUGAACGUCAACUGCGUGGACUACAUGGGCCAGAACGCGCUGCAGCUGGCGGUGGGCAACGAGCACCUGGAGGUGACGGAGCUGCUGCUCAAGAAGGAGAACCUGGCGCGCAUUGGCGACGCCCUGCUGCUCGCCAUCAGCAAAGGCUACGUGCGCAUCGUGGAAGCCAUCCUCAACCACCCCGGCUUCGCGGCCAGCAAGCGCCUGACGCUGAGCCCCUGCGAGCAGGAGCUGCAGGACGACGACUUCUACGCCUACGACGAGGACGGCACGCGCUUCUCGCCGGACAUCACGCCCAUCAUCCUGGCGGCGCACUGCCAGAAGUACGAGGUGGUGCACAUGCUGCUGCUGAAGGGCGCCCGCAUCGAGCGGCCGCACGACUACUUCUGCAAGUGCGCGGACUGCACGGAGAAGCAGCGCCACGACUCCUUCAGUCACUCGCGCUCCAGGAUCAACGCCUACAAGGGGCUGGCGAGCCCGGCGUACCUGUCCUUGUCCAGCGAGGACCCGGUGCUCACGGCCCUGGAGCUCAGCAACGAGCUAGCCAAGCUGGCCAACAUCGAGAAGGAGUUCAAGAACGACUAUCGGAAGCUCUCCAUGCAAUGCAAGGACUUUGUAGUGGGGGUGCUGGACCUCUGCCGAGACUCGGAGGAGGUGGAAGCCAUUCUGAACGGAGACCUGGAGGCCAUGGAUCCUCUGGAGGUGCACAGGCACAAAGCCUCGUUGAGUCGAGUCAAGCUCGCCAUUAAGUACGAAGUCAAAAAGUUCGUGGCUCACCCCAACUGCCAGCAGCAGCUCCUGACCAUCUGGUACGAGAACCUCUCGGGCCUGCGGGAACAGACCGUGGCCAUCAAGUGUCUGGUCGUGCUGGUCGUGGCCUUGGGCCUUCCAUUCCUCGCCAUCGGCUACUGGAUCGCACCAUGCAGCAGGCUGGGGAGAAUCCUGCGAAGCCCUUUCAUGAAGUUCGUGGUGCACGCUACUUCCUUCAUCAUCUUCCUGGGCCUGCUUGUGUUCAAUGCCUUGGACAGGUUCAAAGGCAUCACCACGCUGCCGAACAUCACUGUCAUCGACUACCCCAAGCAGAUCUUCAGGGUAAAAACUACCCAGUUCACAUGGACCGAAAUGCUCAUCAUGGUCUGGGUUCUUGGAAUGAUGUGGUCCGAGUGUAAGGAGCUCUGGCUGGAAGGACCUAGGGAGUACAUUUUGCAGUUAUGGAAUGUGCUCGACUUCGGGAUGCUCUCCAUCUUCAUUGCCGCUUUCACGGCCAGAUUCCUCGCUUUCCUCCAGGCCACGAAAGCACAACAGUACGUGGACAGUUACGUCCAGGAGAGCGACCUCAGCGAAGUUACGCUCCCGCCAGAGAUCCAGUAUUUCACGUACGCUAGAGAUAAAUGGCUCCCUUCCGACCCUCAGAUCAUAUCCGAAGGUCUUUACGCCAUAGCUGUCGUGCUCAGCUUCUCACGAAUCGCAUACAUCCUCCCGGCAAACGAGAGCUUCGGCCCCUUGCAGAUCUCUCUUGGAAGGACUGUGAAGGACAUUUUCAAGUUCAUGGUCCUUUUUAUUAUGGUGUUUCUUGCCUUUAUGAUUGGCAUGUUCAUACUGUAUUCUUACUACCUUGGGGCUAAAGUUAAUGCUGCUUUUACCACUGUAGAAGAAAGCUUCAAGACUCUGUUUUGGUCAAUAUUUGGGUUGUCUGAAGUGACUUCCGUUGUGCUCAAAUAUGAUCAUAAGUUCAUAGAGAAUAUUGGAUACGUCCUUUAUGGGAUAUACAACGUCACAAUGGUGGUUGUUCUACUCAACAUGCUAAUUGCUAUGAUUAAUAGCUCAUAUCAAGAAAUCGAGGAUGACAGUGACGUAGAAUGGAAGUUUGCCCGUUCGAAACUGUGGUUAUCCUAUUUUGACGAUGGAAAAACGUUGCCUCCACCCUUCAGUCUAGUUCCUAGUCCAAAAUCAUUUGUUUAUUUCAUCAUGCGGAUCAUUAACUUUUCCAAAUGCAGGAGGAGGAGGCUACAGAAGGACACCGAGAUGGGGAUAGGUAACUCCAAGUCCAGGUUAAACCUCUUCACUCAGUCUAACUCAAGAGUUUUUGAAUCACACAGUUUUAACAGCAUCCUCAAUCAGCCAACACGUUAUCAGCAGAUUAUGAAAAGACUCAUAAAGCGCUAUGUUUUGAAAGCACAAGUAGACAAGGAAAAUGAUGAAGUCAAUGAAGGUGAAUUAAAAGAAAUCAAGCAAGAUAUCUCCAGCCUUCGUUACGAACUUUUGGAAGACAAGAGCCAAGCAACCGAGGAAUUAGCCAUUCUAAUUCAUAAACUCAGUGAGAAACUGAAUCCCAGCAUGCUGAGAUGUGAAUAAUACAGCCACCUGGAAUUACGGCUUAGACUACAGCACAAAUGUGGGCAAUAAUAUUUCUAAGUAUGAAAUACUUGAAAACCUAUGGUGUACAUUUUUAGUAUUAACUACCUUUACCAUGUGAAUCUUUAAAAGUUAGGUCUUAAUGAUUUUACUGUUUUCUCACAUGAAAAUGUAUUUUCAUUGUCCGCUCUGCCAUUACAAACAAUGCCAUACCAAUGUAUUUAAAAGCCCGAUAUGACUACAUUGUUGACACCUUUGUCCUUUUCAGAGUAAACUCUAUGUUUGUUUCCAAGAAAUUGUAAGCGUCUUGGGGACAGAGACUGUGUCUUAUUCAUCUGUGUGUCUCCAGCAUCUAGUACAGUGCCUCACACAUAGUAGGUGCUCAGUAAAUGUUGUUGAAACCAACUGAACUGAACUGCCAAGGAAAUAUGAAUAAACAUAGAAGGUUUAUGUAGCAUACUUCUCCCUUGUCCAAGUGCUGAAGAAAUUUUUUUUUAAAAAUAGAAACUGAAAAAAAUUUUACAACUAUGACUUGGAGAGAUUUUUCUUAGAAUUUUAAGCAUCACGGAUACUCCUAGAACCAUUGAACCCUGAGUGAAGAAAUUAACAAUGGAAUGGGUUAAUAGGAAAUAUCAUUACACUACAUUACAUAUUUAAGUUUCAUAGACUUGUUCAA